AUGGCCACCGCGCUCUCCUUCAAGGCCUUUGCAGUGGCCGCGCUCCUCUCCGUGGUCGUCACCUAUGGCGCUCGCGCCCAGCAGCAGCAGCCCGACCACAACGCCACCGACUCGCAGGACAGAUCCUUGUUGUCCUACAGCAGUGGCUGGCUGCCGGCCAGGGCCACCUGGUACGGCGCGCCCACCGGCGCCGGCCCCGACGACAACGGUGGUGCGUGCGGGUUCAAGGGCACCAACCAGUACCCGUUCUCGUCCAUGACGUCCUGUGGCAACGAGCCCAUCUUCAAGGACGGCAAGGGCUGCGGCUCAUGCUAUCAGAUACGGUGCCUUACGAGCAACCACCCCGCCUGCUCCGGCGUGCCGCAGACGGUGAUCAUCACCGACAUGAACUACUACCCGGUGGCCAAGUACCACUUCGACCUCAGCGGCACGGCGUUCGGCGCCAUGGCCAGCUGGGGCCUCAACGACAAGCUCCGCCACGCCGGGAUCAUCGACAUGCAGUUCAGGAGGGUGCCGUGCAACUUCCCGGGCCUGACCAUCACCUUCCGCGUGCAGCAAGGCUCCAACCCCAUGUACCUGGCCGUGCUCAUCGAGCACGAGAACCAGGACGGCGACGUGGUGCAGGCGGACAUCAUGCAGAACAACUCCGGCUACUGGGAACCCAUGCACGAGUCCUGGGGAUCCAUCUGGAGGAUCGACCCCAACCGCCCGCUCCAGGGGCCCUUCUCCAUCCGCAUCACCAACGAGUCCGGCAAGCAGCUGGUGGCCAAGGACAUUAUCCCGGCCAACUAUGUCGCCGACGUCGAUUACCGCUCCUACGUCCAGUAUACUAAUUAA